AUUACCUGUGACUCGUGACACCCCACAAUAAAUUCUCGUUUCCGCCCCCCUUUUUACAUCAGUACCAGAAAUAAUGACUAGCAAAGCAGUUUUAAGUAAAUACAUCAAUAGCUGACUUACAACAUAAUUAUGCUAACAAGAACAACAAUAUCGAACUAAACUUUUUCGUUUGAAAUCAAGAGUAAUGAUACAAUUCGCGGGAGAUAUGUAGAAUUGACCACGGUUAAAUCGAUUCUCAAGCUCUCAUAAUGUAAACCUCGCUUAUCAUGUGAAUACUUUGGCUGGUAGAGCAAUUCCGUAAACGUUCUGGACAAACCUAAGAUAAACGUGAGAUAAAAUGUCCGCUGUACCAUGGGAAAGCGAGGAAAGUCGAAACUACAUCUGUAUGGAUUAUAUUGUCACCAAUGUUGCAAGUAAAGAAUUGAGAAAAAUAUUUAUUCAGGAAUGGAACAGUCGUUACCAGGCUUCCUUUGGAAAAUGGGAUGACACAAACGUAAGUGGUAGUCAGUUGUUCCAUCGGGAAAAAUCACGCGCUAGGCCGAACAAGAACACACUCCAGUCUAAAUUUCAAGAUGGUGAUACAAAUGAGUGGGAUUGUACUGUGCUCUUUGAUGCAAUUCUUUACUCCAAUUCCAUUGGAACAAGUCUGAAUCCAACGAUACGGAUUGAAGUCAACAAUAUCAGAAUAUUACGAAACGAAAUUAAGCAUAAUUCCGAAGGAGAACUCGACGACAAAGACUUUCACUCCAUGACAACCCGUGUCGAAAAUGCAUUUAAAGCCCUGAGUCUUCCAACCAAUGAAGUUGAACGAAUAAAAAUUGAACGAAAUCUUUACAAGUCGUUUCAAGUUCUACCUCCUAAGCCAACUCAUGAAGUUGUUCACCGUUCAGAGUUGAUACAUGAUAUAAAAUCUGAUCUGGAAAAGCUGCAUCACGAUAACGACGAUAAACUCACAUAUUUCUUUAUCUCUGGGAAUCCAGGAAGUGGAAAGUCCCAACUUGCCAGACAAGUCUGUGAAGAUAUUUACAAAACAGUUGAUUGGAGGACAGAAGCAAUAUUUUGCAUGACAUUAGACGGAAGAGAUUUAGAUUCACUUUUGAAUUCAUACGAGGACUUUUGUCGCCGGCUAAAUUGCAACGAAAGUGCGUUGGAAAGCGUGUUGAAUUCAUCAAAAGCAAAAGAUGAGAAAAUCAAAAAUUUAAGAUCGCAAAUUUCUAGCAGAAUAAGGAACUGGAAAAAGUGGUGGAUCAUCGUGGACAAUGUAGAAAAUCCCGAGCUCGUUUUCCCACUUCUGCCACAGUUAGGCGAUGAACUUUGGAAUAACGGUCAAAUCAUAUUAACAACACAAAACAGAAAUUGUCUUCCUGAUGACAGCCUUUCAAAUAAACAGAUUUCCCUCAGUUCAGGUAUGAGUGAUCAAGAAUGUCGCAAACUUCUAACUCUCUUAUCAAGAAUUGACAUCAAUGAUGCAAUACUAGACGAGGUUGCAGAGAAGUUGGAUCGCCAACCAUUGGCAAUGGCUGCGGCAGCCGUGUACAUGAAACAAGUCAUCCAAAGUUGCCCGGAUUUUUCUUGGCAAGAUUAUUUAGGAAAGCUAGAACAGGAUAAGAGAAAAUCGACGGAGGAACGUCUUAAGCAGAUAAAUUUGGCAGCAUAUUCCUUAAGCAUGACGACAGCUGUGCUUUUAGCUGUUGAAAAAUGCACCGAAAACAACAAAAUUCUCGAACACGCAUUCACACUUUUCUCUUUCAUAUCGUUCGAACCAUUACCACUGGACCUUGUUGUAAAAUACAUUCAGCUGCAAGAAGAAUCGCUGGAUGCUGAAGAUAUCAUUCUUGCAAUAAAUCUCUGCUCCUUGUUCGUUCAUGUUGGAAAUAUGGAGAGAGAUGUCCGUCUACAUCGUGUUGUGCACGAAGCAGUCAAAAUAUAUUUUCUUUCCACAAAAUGUGAAGAUGACACAAUUUCCGGGACUGAAAUUUUAACUAAGAAAAGAACAGCGGAAAAUAAUUUGAAAGUUGUAAUGUUCAAAGUUUUGAAAACAAUUUAUUACUUCGAAGAUCGUAAAGACAAAAAUAAAACGAUUCCACAUUUAAAAGCAUUGCACAAAGAAAUUUAUAGAUUGUUUCCAAAUCAAGGGCUCUCAUUUUUGAGCUUCGAAUUUCACGAAACUGAAAUUUCUGAAAUGUAUUGUUUUUUUGGGGAAACGCUUCAUUACUUUUGCGAAAGAAAACUCUCAAUGGAAUUUUAUCACCAGGUAUUGAAAAUUAAAUUAGAAGAAUUCAAACCAAACCAUAUUCAUGUUGCUGCUUCAUACAACAACCUGGGUGUUGUGUAUUAUUAUAAAGGUGAUCUGGAAAUGGCUAGUGAUUAUUAUGAUCGGGCGUUAAAAAUUCAAUUAGAACAUUUAGGGCCAAACAAUAUUUACGUUGCCACUUCAUACAACAACCUGGGUAUUGUGUAUCAUGGUAAAGGUGAUCUGGAAAUGGGUAGUGAAUAUCAUGAACGGGCUUUAAAAAUUCGAUUAGAACAAUUAGGACCAAACCAUACUGACGUUGCCACUUCAUACAACAACCUGGGUAAUGUGUAUUAUAAUAAAGGUGAUCGGGAAAUGGCUAGUGAUUAUUAUGAUCGGGCGUUAAAAAUUAGAUUAGAACAAUUAGGGCCUAACCAUGUUGACGUUGCCACUUCAUACAACAACCUGGGUAAUGUGUAUCGUCAUAAAGGUGAUCUGGAAAUGGCUAGUGAUUAUAAUGAACGGGCGUUAAAAAUUAAAUUAGAACAGAUAGGACCAAACCAUACUGGCGUUGCCACUUCAUACAACAACCUGGGUACUGUGUAUCAUGAUAAAGGUGAUCUGGAAAUGUCUAGUGAUUAUUAUGAACGGGCGUUAAAAAUUAGAUUAGAACAAUUAGGGCCUAACCAUGUUGACGUUGCUGCUUCAUACAACAACCUGGGUAUUGUGUAUCGUGAAAAAGGUGAUCUGGAAAUGGCUAGUGAUUAUCAUAAACGGGCGUUAAAAAUUAGAUUAGAACAAUUAGGGCCAAACAAUACUGACGUUGCCGCUUCAUACAACAACCUGGGUAUUGUGUAUCGUGAAAAAGGUGAUCUGGAAAUGGCUAGUGAUUAUCAUAAACGGGCGUUAAAAAUUAGAUUAGAACAAUUAGGGCCUAACCAUGUUGACGUUGCUGCUUCAUACAACAGCCUGGGUAUUGUGUAUCGUGAAAAAGGUGAUCUGGAAAUGGCUAGUGAUUAUCAUGAACAGGCUUUAAAAAUUAGAUUAGAAAAAUUAGGGCCAAAGCAUAGUAAGGUUGCUGCUAUAAAGGUGAUCAAAGGUGAUCCGGAAAUGGCUAGUGAUUAUCAUGAACGAUCGGUAAAUCUCUCCUCCGUUGCAGGGCGCUUCUCAUUUACUCGACGACGUUGUUGUAUUCUAUGAUAGCCCAGGUGAUGCUAGCAACGAGGUGAUGUGGAAAGUGCUAAAGAUAAUCAUCAAUACGGGUCGCUAUUACUAUCAUCGAGCACCGAAAACUAUUUCAGGAUGGGACAUGUUUGCCUUGAAAAAGACGAUCCGGAACGUGCCAUUGAUAAUUUCAAACCGAACAUUGUAUCGGGUUCGGACUAUGGGGAUAUAGAACUGUACUGACUCUACAACUUUUUAUUGCAUGCAAUAUAUUGUGCGUAGUCUUACAUUGGAACGAGACAGAACUAAUUAACGGUGAACAAGUUCACAUAGUUUUCGUAACCUAAAGCUUAUGUCGCUCAUCGUAGUUCCUGUACUUUACUUUAUUCCUCGUUUAUUUCAAGAGAUACCUACAUUUCUUUAAUUCUUAGUUGGCUGAGAAUGUGUUGAAAUCAGUGUAUCAUUAU